GCCGACCAAUGGGAGCGACGGCGCCCUGCUCGUGCUGCUUUCGCGGCAAAAAGGAUUUGGCGCGCAAACGUGUGCGGGGCCGGGACCAGCUGGGAACAAUAACAGUGCCUGGAGCGGAGCGGACGGGUUCGGCCGAGCGCGGGAGAGAAGGGCGAGAGGAGCCCGGCUCCGCGCGGGGCCACCACACAGCCGAACGGGGCAGGGCAGGGCGGCUGGGAAGUCGGCGCUGACCGGCCGAGCGUAGGCGGAAGGGAGCCCUGCUGUGCGCCGUAGCGCCCUGCCCUUCUCCGCGGAGACCCGCGCCUUCGUGGGGGCCUCGCAGAUGACCCGGGAAGCAGCCUCGGCGCCCUCCGCUCUCGGCCUGGCCGCCGCCGCCUCCUCUCCGCUCGCGGCCCUGGCUGGCUGCACCUCCGCGGGACACCAUUUCCCGGGCCUCUGCCCUUAAAGGAGGAUGGGGCGUGUUCCUGGCUCCCGGCCCCUGCCAUCCGGCGUCUCCCUGCACCCCCGCGGCCAGGACGGUGGCCCCCGCCCGCUGACACGGCUCUGAUUCCCGGGAAGGGGGAAUCAAGACGGCGGGGUGGGGUGGGGGUGGGGGAAGAGGGAUCCUCCGGAUUUCCUGCGGUGCGUGGGGGAAGGGAGGCGGAGGAGCGGGCAGGAUCAGGCCUUUCCCUCACCCCUACCCACCCCACCCAGUCUCCUGCGAGGCAUGUGAGUGCCAGCGUUUUGUACCAUGUCUCUGGAGGGCCUGGGGGUGACCCAGAAUGUGGCGGACCUGGAAGCCCUCUUGAGGGGCGCGGAAGCCAUCCAUGUGAUGGAGCAGCAGAUCGUGAUCAUUUCCACCCCAGACCAGCUCUCCGCGCCCGGAGGAGAGAGCGACGCCGAGCUGCUGCUGUUCGCCACUCCGCAGCCCGCCAGAUUGGAAACGGCGACGCAGAGGCCUGCUCUGGAGCGCCCGCCGGUAAUGCCACCCGCUUCCCCGCUGCUGCUGCUGCUGGCUUCUAGGAGAGCAGCAAGCUUGGCCAGCAACGAAAUGUUUUGAAGCGUAACUUGUGUAUAACGUUUAUAUAUAUAUAUAUACAUAUUUAUAUAUAUGCACCCGUUGUUCUAGGACUCUACGGAGACGGGCAUAUAAUAUAGAUGCCCUUUGUUUACCACUGAAUCGUGCUCCAUCCUCCACCGGGGGCAUGGUGCAAAAAUGUAAAAACUCUUGUGACCAACAGCAAUGUGGCAAUCUUUAGACUUUACACUCAGGGUAAUAGAACAAGUUGCAAUCUCCAUAAUCUUGUAGUUGGUUUUGCCCAUAUGUUGGGGAAUAAGUGGUUAACUUCUCAGAUUACCUCCCGGCCACCAAAUAUAUAUAUUUGGAAUAUAUAUAUAUAUACUUUCAACUUGUUGCUUCUGUCCAGGAUCAGCUACCUAGUAAAUUCCAGCACUGCUAAAUAAUAUGAGAGCCAUUGUGUUAGAGGCCUUUUCAAUCCUUUUCUAGGUUGCUUAUUUCAGUAGAAGGACACAGUUAUAUCUGUGAGUUGAUAGUUUUCUUUUAAUCCCAUGUGGCUUUGUAAAGGCUUUCCCUGUGCCUGUAAUUACAGGAGAGAUGUGGGGAGAGUUUCAAGACUGUGACUGAAAUAGUGCCUCUUAAACGUGGCAUAUGUAGCAAUCUCGUAGGAAGGGCAGAGUGCUCAUGAAGGCAUGCAGAGAAAUCAUUAACUAGAAGGUCUAGGCUUCAAAAUGUUACAUUGUCGAACUUAACGCAGCAAGGUUGUCCUGUCUGACCUAGAUAGACACCCGGUUGUUGUUUUUUCUGAGCCUGGCUGCAGAACUUAAUGGAUUGUGUCGAGUCUCUUCUUUCAGUGCAAGCAGCCUGCAAAUGUUGUUAGUGAAGCAGCUUAACUUCCUGUUACAGGAUGUCAAGGCCCAGAGUUCUGUGCAACUUGCUCUUAACAAAGACAAAUGUUUGGCUUCGGCUUUGUUGUGCAGUUGCUUUCUUUAGAGCUACAUACUCUGAGGUAUGCAGUGCCCAGCCUGAUGUUAAACAAAAGGAAGACCUACCAAAGGGAAAUUGAUUGGUAAUAGAUUUGCCACCGCAUUGCAAAGGAAGGAAGUGGCAGGAACUGUGCAACUUUGGUUUCUGUUCUAUCAGGCUAGUGUCUUUAAAUGUGUGUGAGAGAAGGCGACGUAUGUUGUGCCCCUAAGGAUGGGCAGACCAGUCUAUUUCCAGUCCAUGUCAAUUGGGCAUGAAUUAACAUGUAAGUCUGUCUCUGCAUUCAUCAUUGCAUUUCUUUUUCUUAAAAAAUCUGCACGCAUUUUUAAAUGCAUAUUUUAUCACAAAAUAAGCUACUUAAAUAAUGUUUCUAUUUCAAUGUAGGCAUUUGCAAACCUAUUUUAUAAUAAAAUACAGUUUUAAUGCAUUUUUGUAUAUUGUUUGAGCCAAUAAGUAUUGCAGAAGUGUGCAAUCUGAAGGAUAAUUAUGCUCUUAUCCACACAUUAAUCCAAGAGGUUUGGAUCAAAUUAGUUUGCACAGGAAUUCACAGAAUAUCUCAAGCAUUUCUAUAUGUCCCUUUAUUUAUGUUAGGGAGCAUAUGCAUUUACAUAUAUACAUGAACCAAUCUUAAAUUAGUUUGUGGCUAACAGUUUUAGCACUGACUGACUGUGCUAUGUUUUCUUACUAUUGUGUAUACUGGAAAAAGAGGCAUGAACACUGUAAUAAAAUGACACAGUUUAGGAAUAUUGGGACAUAGUGUGUACAGAGAAAUAGGCAGAUCUUCAAAUGGUACUAGAGAAGCUGUUGUGUGAAUCAGUGUAUACCCUCUAUAGUAAGGAGCUUCUUUCUAUGUGCUGCAUUGUUUAUAGUAUGACUGUUGAUUAUAGGACUUAGAGGGUUAGUGAUGAAGCAUGUCUAACUAGUUGGAAGUGACAAGUACAGUAGAUUAUUUUGUCUCUGUGUUUCUAAUAUAUAGCAUAAUCACUAGUUUUAGCAUGCACUAAGAUGUUGAUAAGAAGCUAGAGAAUUGUCAGAAUUUUAUAUAAACAUAUUUGGUUUAAAAGAAAUUGCUGGAUUCUUAGAUCCAAAACAUGGGGCAAGCACAUUCUCUAGUAGAGAGUGUGUCAACAGAAGUUUUAAAAAGGAACAAAACAUUCAGCAAAGUGAAGCAUGGGAAUUUAGGCUGCUAGACCCUUUUAAGAUCAUGUUUAGUCUGCUUACAGCACUCUUCCCUCCCUCUCACAGUGAACAGACCACACCAUUAGUAAGUUUAAAUGCUUUAGCUACAAACUCCAAAGGUUAGAUUAUUCCAUGUAGCAGCACAAAGAACAGAGGUAGAAAAUUAUUUGGUUUAAAAAAUACUUCUGUGCUGCCUGGUCUGCUUCAGAUGGUGGAAGAGAAUGAACAAAGACACUUCACUUCACCAGACUCAGGCCUAACUGAGUCUAGGCACACAAUUCUGUGGUCUUAAGCCCUUCAUGUGUUAACUACCCCAAGCUUGCUAGUUACAUUUGAUUGCAGUUUCCCACAGGAUUCACUCUUCCCGUUUGGUUCGCUUACAUUCUAGGUGUAGGAGCAGCAUUUGGCAAAGAGAGGAACCUUCUUCAGGCCUUCUCCUCUGCACCUAUACUUCUACAUCGAAGAGAGGAUGGGCAGAGCCUGCUGGCCCUGUCCCAACAUCCACAUGUUCAGUGUGACAUAUGAAAAGGGUAGCCUACACACCUGCGUUUGUUAUCAAUUGAAUGGAGGUGCAACUGUGUAUACGUAGGCUCCCCUUUGCAGACAUUGCUUUGAACCCAUAGGUGUUUGGGGGUGGGGUACCAAAUGUUGUGGGCAAAACCAGCAGUCACUGUCCCACUUCUUCAUGUGUUAGUAUACAUUUAGAGCAUAAAGUGCUUAACGUAACCCUGCUUAAUAAUAAAAGUAGCUCACUAAUGUAUAUCUCUCCGCCCAAACGCUUUCAGUGCAUGUUUGUUACUUAUUUUCUCUCUCUCCUUGGAGCUUCUUGUGAACCAGCAUAGUAGCAAUUCAACAAGCAGAGUUUCUCUAUCAACGCAUCUCCAUGGUGCGGGAAAAUGCUGGUCAAGGAACCACAUCUGUAAGGGCAAGGGGAAGGCGACAGUGUAGAAAGUAGGAGAAGCCUGCACAAGGAGUUUGACUAGGGCAAUAGUGCUUUCCCCCCAUUUCCCCCAUGGUAAAGGUAAAGGGGUAAAGGGACCCCUGACCAUUAGGUCCAGUCGUGGCCGACUCUGGGGUUGCGGCGCUCAUCUCGCUUUAUUGGCCGAGGAAGCCGGCGUACAGCUUCCGGGUCAUGUGGCCAGCAUGACUCAGCCGCUUCUGGCGAACCAUAGCAGCGCACGGAAAUGCCGUCUACCUUCCCGCCGGAGCGGUACCUAUUUAUCUACUUGCACUUUGAGGUCAUUUCGAACUGCUAGGUUGGCAGGAGCAGGGACCGAGCAACGGGAGCUCACCCCGUCGCGGGGAUUCGAACCACUGACCUUCUGAUUGGCAAGUCCUAGGCUCUUUGGUUUAACCCACAGCGCCACCCGCGUCCCUUGUCCCCCGUAGUAGUUGGGGUCAAAAGAACCCCCAGAACAACAUACAGGGAGGAGAACAGGGGUGUUGGUUCUUUCUGGCCAGCUGAAAUGCUUGUGCUGAGGCAACGAUUGCCAUAGCACUAUGUUGAAUUCCUACCAUAUACUGGUGCUUAUACAAAUAAACACACAGGGGAGCAGGGACUACCUGCCCCUCCAAUCCCAGUUGAAAGACAUGAGCUUGUAAACCUGGUCUCUUUCCCUGCCUUCUCGGUUGGGUUGGCUUGUCAGAGAUUAAGUGAAUGGAGCCAGAUGCUUAAGGGACUUACUGUCCUCUGUAAUGAGACAGCUGGCAACAAAACAUGGAGCCAUGGUUGCCCUUGGCUAUAUUGUGUGGGAUCCUCCUCCUACAACUGUCUGCUCCUGGAGAACUGAAGCUGUUGCUGGAGUUGGCCAGUGCAAGGGAGUUGAUGGUUGCAAUUCCCGUUGCUCUUUCCCAGCAGGCAGAGCAAGGGAGGUGAUGCUCACAAAAGCUGCCUGCAUCCUCCUCCCACAGAGGCCCUUUUCUGUUGAGAGGGGCCUGCAGUGGGCGGCCGCUUUACAGUCGGUUCUUUGUUUUAAAUGUUUGGGUCGGGAAUCUGUAAUGAGCCUUCACUUUGUGUUGUCUCAUUGGGGUGCCUGUUGUUCAGGGCAGGACUGAAGAUGUCUGGUUUCCCCGCCCUGUUGGUGCUGCUGUAUUCAAGCCAUGUAGUAGGUUUGAGGGCAUGACCUUUGUGGUUGCAUGGAGGAUGCCAGCACCCCCAGAACCUGGAUUUGCUCAGUUUGCAGGGAUCUGUCAUUUUGGAAUGGAAGCAAGAAAGGAAAGGCUAUUUUUUAAAGGCUAUUCCAAGUUAAAUCUUGAAAAAUAUUUCAAAUCACAAGGUGUCCAGCUUUUCAGUUUUGGAGAACCAACAUUAGGCUUUCUAGGCCCUCAGAUUUGUUCAGGGUUUUUAGAUGCCACACCUUCUAAGUUUGCAGAAACUCAGAUAUAAUAGGUGCCAGAGGCUUUUCAGCUUUGCUAGGCUGGAAUCUCAUGGACACUUUGACUUUAGUGCCUCUCUUUACAGUGGGCAGAGACAAAUGGGUUGUAUACAACACUAGACCUACUCAGAGUGGACCUGUUGAGGUUAAUGAAGCUAAAUUAGCUGUGUCCUUUAAUGUCAGUUGGUCUACUCUAAGUCAGACUAGAAUUGACUGCAACCCAUGGCCUUGUAAUUGAUUUGUGUCACCUCGAGGUUAUUUUUCUGGUUUGCCUACUAUAUGUCAUUGCUGAUGUCAUUGUUUGAUUUGAACCCUAAAUUUGUGUCUCUUAAAAAAAAGCCCAACAUCAUACAAAAUUAUUUAUUUCUUAUUAAUAGUCUCUUGCUACAAAAAAGUGUCAAAGUAACAUACUCCCCCCCCCAAAGCACACAAUAUCAAAUUUAAAAUAAACUGGAAAAUAAAAAGAACAUUAGUAACUAAAAGUGCAAAUCCUGGAACAAAUACCUUGGCAAAAAAGCCAGUGCUAUAAAACAUUUUCUAGCAAUGCAGUUAAUGAUCAAUACAAAAUCUUUAAAGUAAUAUAUUGGUAGGCAACCAGGGGAUAAUAAACCCACAUUUUAGCACAAAAUGCACACUUAUGCCCGCCCUCCAGCAACUGAUAUACAAAACCAUGUGGAUGUGACAUAAAGGAUGGCAAAUCCACCACAGAGUCAGCAUAAGCCAAGAGAAGAACUAACCAUUUCCAUUUCAUAUGGUAAUAGCAAAGGAUAUGUUACAAAAAAAGGCCACGGUGCACCAAGACCUGCUUAUGGCCACACUGUUGAUGUUAAUGCAGUAGCAAAAAAAGGGGAGACAGCCUACACUGCUCUCUCAUCAAACUGCCAGUGGUUGUGGCUUUGUAAUGCAUCCUGAGGCACACUCACCUGGCAACAAUGACGCAACGCACUAAAUCCUCUGGGUUGUGCAGCACCACAGUCUCAGCCACUCACUAGGCUUGAUGUUUCAGGCAUCUUCUCCAAGUGGUUGGAGAAGAUGCUCCUCUAUUGCCCUUUCUCUCCAGCUGUUCUCCCAUCUCUGCCCUGCGCACUGGUGAUGCACUAACCUGGGCUGUAUGUGAUAGUAGUAGUAAUAACUACAACAACAACAACAAGUUUAGUAAUAUGUUUCCUGUUGACAUAAAAAUACUAUGGAAAUGGCAAUCUAGAAUGGGGAAUGCCUGGGUGCAAGAUUUCAUGAUGACAUAAAUGUGCCUCAGGUUGACAGGAACAGGAAAGCACAUUCCCAAGACCAACCAGGUCAUGCACAUUAAACAGAGUAUUAUUUGGGACAGAAUUAAAAAUUAAGCUCCCUUACUGAAAGCACAAGUUCCAACUCUCACCCCAUUUAAAAGGCAUUCUUGGCAUCACAUGUGAAGGCAUCCACAGGGCAUGUCUACUCUGCAGACCUAAACUGGUUUAAUUGCUAUAGCUUCCCACCCAGGGCCCCUAGAAAUUCUGGUUUUGCAACGAGACAAAAGAAUUUCUAAUUCAUGCCGGAUUCAUGCUUCCAUUUAAAGUGCCUGUACCUGAGGGAUUCAUUCAGGUAUGGCCAACAUUUACUCCUUAAAGCAUUUUUAGCAUGCUGCGAGUACUUCUGCAGUUAACUGUAAAUGACUCUAUAGAAAGUAUUUUCUUGCAGGAUGCAUGAAAAUAUACUUCCUUUAGUAAGUAACACCUUCACCCCCACCUUCGUCUCGUCAUUUUGUCUUAGCUGCUGGGAAAGAAGCAGUCUCUUUCUUUUAUCAGUAGUUGGACAAGUGGAAGCAGUGGAAUUUGACCAGAUGAUUGCUUCAGAUCCUGGAAUUGCCAGGUGAGAUCUCUCAGCGUUGCUGCUCCCCGUAGCCAAGAAGCAAGCUGCUCACAAGUGUUUCAGGCCUUCAUCAGAGACAGAAUAGUGCUAGGGUGAGCCUCAAUCCCUUUACUAGCCUCCCAUGUUAAAGGGAAGAAAGCAUAGACACCAUUCCUGGACAGUAAAAUGGAACAAUUAAUAAACUGAAGCCUUCAGCCGGAGUUCAGUUUGUAAAAGAAUUAUAUCUCUCUUCCCAUAGGGUGGUUCUCAGCAAACACCAGUACUGGAAAACAAAAGAAAAAACUAGAUGGUAGGGUUAUGUUUGCGGCUAUGCCUAGUGUAUUUCAGUCAUUGGCAAAAAAAUGCAGAUGGUAUUUUAUAUUUAAAACUUCGUCUAUCAAGCCUGUCUUGUUAACUGUCCACAGGCAUUGCGGAUUUCUUAAUGCUUCCUUUCAGAAGAAGCAAAUAGGCUUCCAGAAAGCGGAAUGUCCAGGCUUGCAUUUGCUUUGCUCUCCAGCUGUUGUAAUCUCUGGGAAUGGAUAGACCUGAGGAUGCAAUCUUGUUGUGUGGGGACCUAUGAGCUGUGCGGAAAUUGUACCCACAGAAUAAACUAAAAAAUGGGCUGAAAGGAAUGGAGAAACCAUUCUGUCCUUAUGGUUGCAGACUGGCAACCCAUUUCAAUCUAAUGUACCAAUUUAUCAUCUUCUUGAUAGUUACUCUUCUUAAUCUUUUAUCUACCUAUACUUGCUGCAGUCAAGCUUUUCUUUGUAGUGGUCAUCCUUUGUAGUUUCUCCGCUACCUCCUAACUAAUUUCCAUCUACCUCCUUACUAAUUUCCAUCUAUGUCAGCAAUCAUUUAAUAAGGUUGAGUUGGAAAAACAGGAUAAUGUUGUGGGAUGUUCUCUUAACUUAAUGAUAACUUAAUUUGUUGAAGCUUUGUGUCUGAAUCACCGAUUAAAGAGAAUAUGACUUUUUGCUUCUGCCACUUUUGGGGUUAUCUGUGGAAUUGUCUGCUACUUCUACUACGGGACUGAGGAGCUUUUGGCCCUCCAGAUGGACUGUAACUCCCAAUAGUCUCAUCCAGUAUGUACAAUGGAGUGUCAAAAGGUUUCCAGCCCUGCUCUACUAGUAUGACUUCUGGUCUUCUUCUUCUUCUUCAACACAUCAGGUUGGAGCAACUUCUCUCUCCCUCAUUGAAACAUCCCAACCAAGUUGGUUGCUCUGUAAAUAGUAACUAAAGUGGGAUUCUCAAACCAACAUAUUGCAAUUGUGCUGUCCUUAUUGGGUUUUUGUUUGUAUAAAAAGUCCUGCAUCUUUUGCUCAUUGCUAGGCAACCUCAUGGAGAUUUGUUGUUUGUGGAACUCUAAGUGGAUUAUGUGAUCGACUUCUAUUAGGUCAACACUUCAGGUCUCUAUGGCCCAAGAUCUUGCCAUCUCUUACUCUUCUGUUUCAGGCAAGAGGUGUGGAGUUACGAGAGCAUAAAGGUUUAUCAGUUGUUGGUGUUGAUGACUGGAAUAUCAUUGAUGCUUAGGUUCAUUGAAAUAAUACCUGGGACUUGCAGAAUAUAAGCUCUACUUACUCCACACUUUGAAUAGAAGCUGCACAGAAGAAAAACUAAAAAUACGCCAUGACCAGAAGGCCCUAUGUUGCUGAGUUGUUGAUCAUGAGCAGUGAAUAGUUUGGACAGCUUCCUAAGCUUUUCGUUAUUCUGGGCAAUAGUAGCUAGAGUGCUUGUGGAUGGUUCUUGGUAAGCAAGCUUCAUGUCUAUGAAAAAAAUAGCAAUUCCAAUUGCACAAUUUUUUCACACAUUACUUUCUACUAUGGUUUUUGACAGUUUUGGUGAUAUCUUAGGGCUCUGACUACAGUUGCAGAGAAACUAUAUGAUACAGCCGUUGCUGUACCACUUCUGUUUGGAAGUGGGAGACUCUCAUAAUAAGAGCCCAGCUGGAUCAGGCCAAAGGACUAAGCAGCCCAGCAUCCUUUUUCCCACAGUGGUCAGCCAGAUGUCCUUGGGAAGCUCACAGGGAGGACAGGAAGUCAGUCGCUCUCUCCCAACAACUGAUAAUUCAGAUUGGUAAUUCAUAGUGCCUUUGAACAUGGAGAUAGCACACAGUCAUAUAGAUUUAGUCCUGUUUUUCAAAGUACCCUUGGGCUCUUUCUGCUUCACAAACUCGUCCUUGUUUCACUGCAUAGCUGAAAUGAGAUUAUAGCUAUCCACCAACCUAUUGCAAAUCUCUCUCUCUUCUGUUCCAGGUAAAACGGAAGCUGAACUUGGAGACUGACCACCAGUACAUUGCAGAGAGUGUUCAUGCAGCCCGAGGAAAAGCGAAAAACCCUGUCAAAGGUGCUAGUGGCCAGAAGGGAACCCUGUUGCUUUUAAUCAAUCCACAGAUUUUUCAAGAUUUCCUUUUCCCAGUAGCUAAACAGGGCAGGACUUCCUGUUAAUAGAGCAGCCUGAGCCUAGAAGGCAGCUGUGGUGCUUUUGGGGGGGGGGGGAAUAAGCAAUUACAAGCCUUGUACAUCGUUGGGGGGGUAGCCAUUGGAAACAAAAAUGAAGUGGACCCCCCCCCUUUAAAAAAUAGUUAUUUUUAUUUUGGCAACUUACAUACCCCUUAAUUACAAUCUUCUCUAAGCAAUGUACAGGUAACCCAGCCAUACAUUAACGAUAGAGACAUCAAUUACAACUAUACAAUCAGAUUUCAGUUAAAAUGGUACAGAAAUAAGUGCAAGGAGACAAACGGCUGAAAGACAGAAGUGAAAGAACCACUACAAAAGAGACAAAUGGAAUUUGGGGAAAAUAGGAAACCAACUAUGUCUCUGUAAAAAUCUGAAAAUCCUAAUACAGUGGUACGAUUUGGGUUACAUACACUUCAGGUUACAGACUCCACUAACCCAGAAAUAGUAUCUCGGGUUAAGAACUUUGCUUCAGGGUGAGAACAGAAAUCGUGCGGUGGCAGCGGGAGGUCCCAUUAGCUAAAGUGGUGCUUCAGGUUAAGAACAGUUUCAGGUUAAGAACGGACCUCCGGAACGAAUUAAGUGCUUAACCACUGUAAAUGAUCAAUAAUAAUAAGUGCUGAAGCUGAUGUUUGGCACUAGAUUUAGAAUCCUAGAAAUCUGAGCAUUCUUGGAGUUGGUUUUUUUUUAAGUGAAAAAAGAGCAAGUUUCUCACAGAACUGCAGUUCUGGAAGGGACCCUAGUCCAACCCCCUGCAAUGCAGAAAUCUUAACUAGAUCUUAUAUGGCAGGUGGCCAUCCAACCUCUGCUUCAAAACCUCCAAGGAAGGAGAUUUCACCAGCUUCCCAGAGAGUGUUCCACUGCUGAACAGUUCUUACUGUCAGAAAAUUCUUCCUGAUGUUUAGUCAAAAUCUCCUUCCUUGUAACUUGAAGCCAUUGGUUUGGUUCCUAGCCUCCAGAGCAGGAGAAAACAAGCUUGCUCCAUCUUCCAUGUGGCAGCCCUUGAGUUAUUUGAAGAUGGCCAUCAUAGCUCCUCUUUUCCAGGCUAAACAUAUCCAAUUCCCUCAACUGUUACUCAUAAGGCUUGCUUUCCAGACCUUUGAUCAUCUUGGUCUUCCUCCUCUGCACACGCUACAGCUUGUCAACAUCUUGAUUAAACUGUGGUGCCCAGAACUGGACACAGUAUUCCGGGUGUGUUCUGACCAAGGCAGAAUAGAGUGGUACUAUUACAUCCCUUGACCUGGACACUGUGCUUCUGUUGAUGCAGCCUAGAAGAUCAUUCACUUUUUUUUGCUGCUGCAUUACCCUGUUGAAUGAUGUUAAGCUUGUGGUCCACAAGACCCCUAGAUACUUUUCUUGUACUGUACCUAAAAAGCUGUGAAGAUAGACUUGAAACUAUGUUGGCCCUGGCAUCUGACGUCGCUGAAGCUGAAGGGGAACUGGGUAGGAUGCUACAGGGGACUGCAAAACUCUUUGCUUGCCUUACCUAAGAAAGUUUUCUGCUCCUGCUAGCAAGAGACAAAUACUUGUGCAAAUCAACCGGAAGACAUGGCCAGUUCCUCUUUUGGUUGCAAUGUAAUUGGUGGAUGGAUAUCUUUCAGACUGUAGACUGAUUUUUAUAAUGCACCUUAAUGGGUCUGCAAAUCUUUGCUUUUCACCAUGAGCCCCUGCCGCCUCCUCUGCAAAACCCUUCCUACUUGCUUGGGUAAAUGGGGAGGUCUUGCUGGAGCCCUCUUUGAGAAGCCACGAUCUUUAUAUUUUAUCUGGUGCCUCGGAUAGCAGAAUUCAAGGCAUUGGGGGUUUAAAUUCUGAGCUAAACAGCAGUAACUUGGGGAAAUGCUGCUUGAUUUGCGAUGCAGCCAAGCAUCAUGAGCUGGACAAGUUCGCAUUCCAAGCCAUGCAGUGGCAAACCUUCAACAACGUUGCUAGUUGUAAUGAAGUCAUCAUUGAUCCUCAGGGGUGAAGUCUCCUGGAGAGAAAUCCCGCUAUGAAACCUCCCUGAAUCUGACCACCAAACGUUUCCUGGAGCUGCUGAGCCAAUCGCCUGAUGGUGUUGUGGAUCUCAACUGGGCUGCAGAGGUGUUGAAGGUGCAGAAGAGGCGGAUCUAUGACAUCACAAAUGUCCUGGAAGGUAUCCAGCUGAUCACCAAGAAGUCCAAGAACCAUAUCCAGUGGUUGUAAGUAGAAUGUCACCUGUUCUUUUGGGUUGCCCUAUUCUGAUUGUAUUGGUCUUCCGAAUUUCUCCUGGCCUUAGGAAGUAACCAACCUCUUGCAUUUGCUGUAGGAGACUUGCCUGGUUGUCCUUUUGGAAUGUGUCUCUUAGGAGAAAAGCCUUUGGUUUGGCGUGGAUAAGGCUUUCUGUAUUGCACAAAACUAAUAGGGUAACACUUGAAGAUGAGAGUGAUUACUGUACUGGACUUAAAACAGCUCCUUUUGUUAAUAGUUCUCAUUUACAAGCAUUCUUCUGUGAGUGAAUAAUGUCAUCACAAGGACUAUAUAUGGAGUCAAAGGCUUAAAGGAACAAAAGACUACAUCAAGAAAACUUGAACAUGGUGUCAGAAAAACUGAAUUCGGCUAUCUAUGUAAACGACAAAAUGAAAUGUACAUACUUUAUGGAAUGUGCGUAAAAUGUGCUACUUGUCAUAGGGAUGGGCAAACAGCUUUGCAGGGCAGUGAAAUCCCAUCUCCUGAACCACUGGGAGUCCUGCUGUAAAGUGUACGUGCACCUCUGCUCCAUCCGUGCUUUUGAAGCUGCACCAGUAUUUAUUAUUAUGAUUUGAAUAAAUUGUGCUUUCCUAGGUAUGUUUAUUGAGAACCUAGCCUCUCACUACAGAAAGGUCUUAGCUCAAUAGUGGAGCAUCUGCUUUGCAUGCAGAAAAUCCCAGGUUCAAUCUAUGACAUCUCCAGGUAGCACUGGAAGAGGUGUCUGUCUGAAACCCUGGAGAGUCACUACCAGACAUUGUAGACAAAACCGAGCAAGAUGGACUAAUGGUCUGACGAUAUAAGGCAGCUUCCUAUGAUCUUAUGACAAAAUUAAAUGAGGCUUAACUCCCAAGUAAGUGUGCAUAGGAUUGCAGCAAACCCCAUGGAAUGAAAUGGGACUACCUUAUGAGUAAAUGUGCCUAAGAUUAUGCUGUUAAGCCUGACUUAAGCUAAAAAACUGCUCUUCUGUCCUUUUGAAAAUGUUUUAUUCCCCUCCUGCACGGAAGAGAUGAUCUUACAAAAAAGCCUGCGCAUAUAAUGUAAUGCAUGAAGUGUGGCAUGAAUGUGUUCAUCUGCAAUGUAUGCUUGAUCCAUACCAUGCUGUAGAAAAAUGUGUGCUACAUCCCAUCCUGAUGUGGGGAUUAUUUGAAUGUGCAGUGAUGGUUGUAUAUAAACAUUCACCAACUUCAAAUGAAUAGCAGAUGAAAAGUUGUAUCGGAUAGAGUUGACCAACUUUCAGAGUUGGCCCAAUGUGACUUCCAUGUUGCUGCACCAUAAACUUCUAAUAUAAGUACCUGGGCAUUCACUAACCCUGCGCUGGAUCAGUUUUGACCAUGUGGGACCAUAGAACAUGCUGCCUGUUCCUCUUUUUAAUAUGCCCCCUGAUGUUAGGAGACAGCAGGUCGCUGAUGAGACUGUUCCAUCUUGACGUGCCCUGUUUUCUUUAGGGGAAGCCGGACUGCUGUGGGGAGCGCCAGCAAGAGCCAGGGGUUGGUGAAGGAACUCCAGGAUCUUCAGGCAGCAGAACAGCAACUGGACAGCCUCAUCCAGAUGUGUACUACUCAGUUCAAGCACCUCACGGAGGACCCAGAAAACAAGCAAUAUCCUUGUGUGGAAGGUGGAGGGGGGGUUGGGUGCUUUUGGCAAACCGGAAGAUGCAGAGUUGGGCUCCUAGCAAGCAGGUCCAAAGCAUUAGCCAGGUGCAAAAAGAGUGCCUUCUUCCAAAGAGGUAGUUGCACCCCUGACAUUCCAGGACUGGGUGUUGGUGUUUUAAUUUGUACUUCCCCACCCUGUGAGCUAAUGGAAAAUCCCUACCUGGCUGCUGGUUAACGCUGUGCAUUGUCAGUGGAACGGAGAGCUGUGUGAGAGCGAGAGAAGGGUGGCGUUAAGUCAGUCAGAUGUUGCUAGUUGAUUUUUGCCUGGCAGCUCUGUAGCUCAGCCUGUUCCUGAUAAUGCGACUUGGAUCCCACCCUCUGUGACGGGUGCAGUGCCGUAAAUGUGUCACAACUGUCACAUUUAACUCAGUUUCAACAUAUUCCUUUGCAGUCCAUUAAAGUUUGACCAGGAGGCACACAGCUCAUCACCAACACCGCCCACGCUUUAUAUAUAAGCAAGUGGCUUUUCUUCAGGGUGUCUGGUGGAAGUAGCUGAAUUGAUUAACUUCAUGGUCCUAAGGAUUAGGCUGAUGGGCUUGUUGUCCAUUUUGAAUCAUCCAGGUGAUAUCAGAGAACAAUGUGGAGCAGAAAAUUGCCCCUCACUGCCUCCCAAAGUGUUAGCAUUCUUCUCCAAGAAUGUAUACAGUUAACAAGGAAUUGAUUGUAAUGGAGGCUGACACCUGUGCGAAGCCAUUAUAGUGCAGAAUCCACUGGGAAAUUGCACAGACGGGCUCUGUGAUGCUGGUCCAUGGAUGUACAAUGUCCAUGUUUGGGAGGAAGAGGAAAAGGUGCCCAAAUGUUAAUGAUGCUUUUAAAAAAUAACAAUAAUGCAGUUUUACUGGUGGGGGGCAGUUUCUUAUUGCAAUAACAAAUGAUUUCUUGCUGUGUGGAAAAGCUAUACGUGCCAUCCCACACUAAAGCAAUUCUAGCAUUUCGUAUCUUCCCCACAAUGUUUGGUAGCUGAAGGAUACAAGCAUAUUAUGCUGCGUUCAGGAGAACAGUGGAAGUCUUUGUUUCCCAAAAGCUAGUGAUUUGGGCUUGGUAACUUAGCGCUUAGCAUGUAGUCUGUCAUCCUUCUCCUGGCAAAACUUAACUGGGCACACCUCAGCUUAUGUGACAUGCCAAGAUCUGCGCAGCAUUGCAGACCCUUCUGAGCAACUGGUGAUGGUGAUCAAAGCACCCCAGGAGACGCAGAUGCAAGUCUCUGACCCGGCAGAGGUAACUCUUCCUGGUCACUACAGGGCCAUUGUGCACAGAAUGCUUUCUGCACCAGCUCCUACCAGCUGAACCGGUCACUCCCUUUGCAGAAGUCUGUGGUGACUGAUCCAGCUGUAGCCAACCCUGAACCAAUGGUAUGGCUAAGAAAUCCAGUCUUCAAGAAUCAUAGGCCAAUAAGGAUCCUUUCUCGCUUGCCUAUCCAAGGCAGGAUUCUCCAUGCAUCAUACUGAUCCAAAUCAUGUCAUCUCCAGUAGACAGAUCUGGAGGCAAGAAUUAGAAAUACAUUAGACAGUUCAUGCAGCUACAAACUGUAUGGAAGGGUGGAGAGGGGGUAGCUAGUAGCUUCACUUUAACUGGAUUAGCUGAUAAUGGUGAGUACGAAUCAACAUUCAUUCACCCACGGAGCCUUGCUAAUACAGUGGUACCUCAGGUUAUGAACUUAAUUCGUUCCGGAGGUCCAUUCUUAACCUGAAACCGUUCUUAAUCUGAGGCUCGCUUUCACUAAUGGGGCCCUCCCACGCCACCAGCGUGCGAUUUCCAUUCUCAUCCUGGGGCAAAGUUCGCAACCCAAGGUACUACUUCCGGGUUAGCGGAGUUUGUAACCCAAAGUGUUUGUAACCCGAGGUACCACUGUAAUAAAUUGUUGACCUCCAGAAAAAGGCAGCUCAGGCAAUGUUGUCUCCAUCCUUCCAAAUACAAUUGGUGAGCUAGGGGGGAAAUAGUAGACAAUGUGAAGCUAAUGCUGCACAUUUGGGGAGGGGUAGUCCUUCUUGGAAAAAGUGACUGCUCUAUUAUUUAGCCCCUGUUAGUUAGAGCCAAGAAUGGUAAGACUGUGCAUAGCCCCCCCAAUCCAAUCCAGGUUUUGUAAAACCCUAAUUAAUCCUAAUGUCCACCUGUUAAUCCCCACAUCACUGGAAUAUAGGUUAAGUUCCCACCAUGUUUUGACCAUAAUCUCUUCUUCAGGGGAACAAGGUGGUAGGGAGAUUUUCCACGACAGAAAACUAUUCAGUUGUGUAAAUGUCUCCACAGAUGUCCACCUCUUCUUCUUUUCCAGGCUUUCCAAAUUGCUGUGAAGAGCACCCAGGGCCCAAUAGAUGUGUUCCUGUGCCCAGAAGAGAGCUCUGGAGUCUGCAGCCCCACCAAGAGUCCAUUGAAGGUGGCUUCCGAGGAACCUUCCCCAGGGUCUUCGCAAGCAGCAGCUCCUGCACUUCUGCGUCCCUCCCAGGAAAUGAACUCACCAUUGCUGAGUGCAGACCAAGGUAUGUGGAUGGGGGAACAGGGCACCCGAAGGUCCCUUUGGAGCAUGUUGUGAUUGGAGGCUGUAUCAAAGCAGGUCAGGAUCUGAGCCUAUAACGUCUCCUAUAAGAGCGUGAGAAUUGCCUUGUUAGGUCUGACCAUGGCCCAUCUAGUCUGGGUUUCUGUGUACAGCUGGGCCCAACCAGGUACAUUGAGAAGCUUGCAAUAAAUACAUAGUUGUGCUGGCUGUCCCUUUAUUUUGUCUGCAGCAGCUGAUACGCCAGCCCCAUCACAACAUAGGUCAUAGAACAGGGUGCAGAGUGGAGCGUGGGAGCAGUUUGGGGGUUUGCAAGGGCAGGCUUGGUUUGUGGACUGGGUACAGAUCAUUGGUACACAAACACAGAAGAUAUUGUAUUUUCUCCAUAUGAACCGACCUAGAUCCUGCAACCAUCAUCUUCUUCGUGUGCUUCCUCCACAAGAGGUCCAGAGGGUGGCAACUCGAGAACGGGACUUUUCUGCAAUGGCUCUCUGCUUGUGGAAUGCUCUACCCAGGGAGACUUGCCUAGCGCCUUUGUUACAUAUCUUUAGGUGCCAGGCAAAAACAUUCCUCCCCUCUCAGGCCUUUGGCUAAUUAAACAAGACCAUAAACUGGUGUGGGUGGCUGUGUAAUUGUUUUUGUUUGUUACUAUGUUAUGUAUUUUUAUGCUGUAAACCACCCUGUGAUUCUUGGAUGAAGGGCAGUAUAGAAGUUUUUUUUAAUUUGUUUAUUAUUGUUGUUGUUAUUAUUAUUAUUAGUCUCCCUCCCCCCAUGAUUAGAUACAUCUGUAAUAGGACAUAAGAUUUAAUUAAAAGGAAUGUAUUUCCAGACCUCCAGUAAAAGAUCCAGCCUAGAUCUCCACCAGGGAUAGGAAACCAGUAGCUCUCCAGAUGUUGCUGGACUCACAACUCACAUCAGCUCCAUCUAGCAAUGAUCAAAGGUCAAGGAUGAUGGGAUUUGUAGUCCAGAAACAUCAGGAGGGCCACAGGUUCCCCUUCCCUGAGCUAGACUGAAAGCCAUUCGCUUGAGAACGAUAUGCUAGGAUCAGAAGCAUCAUUUUUGUGUGGACUUUCAUCUUUUUGUGCUGUGUGUUGUAAGCCAGUGGGGGGGGGGGAAUUGAUUCCUUUGCUUCCCAUCUUAGCAUUCGCUUCUCAUAACUCAAUAGAUUUCAGCCACUCUGGUUUUCUGAUGAAAAAACCCAGAAGGGUCUGCCUAGUGUAAACUCUGUUAGCAGCAAGAGAUCCAAGAAUUCCUCUCUGUCCAGUUGUUUAAUCUAAAACCUGCUCACCCCAACUUAAUGGGUGGAGUUGCGUGGAAAAUAUGUAUUUUGUGCCUACUGAAGUCUCCGUAUAAUCAGAUCAGGAAUGUUAGGUAGGGCUUCAAGUGGUCAAAGGGGAAACAUUCUGUUCUUCCUCUUUCCCUCCUGGCCCUACCCAAGCAUUACUGCACACACUCCUAAUGCUGGGCUUUCCUUUCCAUCACCCAGAUAUAGGAAGCUGCCUUAUACCAAAUCUAACUCUGUACUGUCUACACCGACUGGAAGCAUACCCCCAGGGUUUCAGGCAGGGGUUUCUUCCUAGCACACCUGGAGAAGCUGGGCAAUGAGCUCUGGCCGUUCCCUGUGAGAGGCUAAUCUCAGCAGGUACCUUGUGCUUUAAGCCUGAUGGUUCGCUGUGGCUCCUAGUGAUGGUUGACAGGCACUACUAGGGCAGUUGUGCUUAAAGGAGGAAGUAUCCACCUUAACUUUUCUUCUAAAACUGGCUUUUGCCCACACUUUUCCUUGCCUGAACUGACCUGUGGCAUUUUGGAAGAGAUUUCUGCCUGGAAAGAGCAGAACACAGUCUUAAACAUGCCCUUUUCUGUCACGGUGGCCUCUCUUAAGAAGCUACCAUAAUCUCAUCUGCUUUGUUGCUGGGCUCCAGGUUUCCUUUUCCCUUUUCUUUUUUUGCUGAGCCACCUGCCUUCCCCAUGGUGGUGACAAAGCACAAUACUCAGCCUCGCUUGGGACGCUGCAUGCAGCAGCCUGGGCUGGGCUGGGGUUCCCUGCCUAUGGGCUGAGUAGAAGAAAAGACCGCAGGCUGAAUUUCUGGGGAGGCACAUGGACAGAGAGUGUGGCAAGGAGGUCGGUGUCGUGACUCAGCAGUUGUGCCUGGUGCCUUUGUUUCAUGCGCUGCCUCUGCUCGGGAGGGCUAGAUAAGGAGUCCAUAGGCAUGUUAGGCAUAUCAGAAAGGUACUGACAAGGUUUGGAGUGAAGGUUGUUCCUCUUUUGCAAGUCUCUGACAGGGGAGACUGCAAGUUAAUGUGGCUGCGUGUGCGCACACACACACACACACACACACACACACGGAAAGGGGUGGAAGAUGCACUGCCAAACUUGAGUAACAGAUGAUCAAUGGCCACAGUCGUCGUGUUCUGUCUCCACUGAAUACCAGUGAUUGGGGCGAAUGUUACGGCACUCAGGUUUUGCUUACAGGCUUCCCAUAGGCAUUUCCAUGGGAAAUGAGCAUCACUGGCAAGAGUAAAAGCUUUUAAUUUACUCAGGCCUUUGGGAUAUAGGGAGCAUUAUUACCGACUCUGCUGCUGUCAGGUGUUCAAACUGCUGCCGGUGGUGUUCAUUUCAGUUCUUGUUUUAUUAUUGCAUUUAUGUUGUUAGCCGCCUUGUGCUCCUUCAGGAGGAAGGGCAGGAUAUAAAACUGAUGAGCAGGAGUCCAGUAAGUUGCUGCAUGCACGGAAUAAGUUCUGUUCAUGCAGUGACACUCUCCAUGCCCCUAAAUAUUCUCUGGAGGGUUGGAGGAACCCUAGAACAGGUUUAGGGUGAAUGCAAGAAGUGCACGGCGAGGGAGGAAAAGAGUAGGGUAGGAAACAUCCCACUGCAUGAGCAAACUUUGUUCCUCACACACAUACCCCACUUAGCGCUAUGUUGAAUUUCGUUCAGUGUAAUGAAAUGAAAUAAAUGGUGGGCAGUCACCAUGUGCUGCCUGAACUGACCUGUAGCAUUUUAAAUGAACACUUUAAAAGUUCAAGAGAAGUUGAUUGUGGCGUGAUUAAAAAAUAGAAGUAAUGAAUGAAACCCAUGUGUUUUGUCUUUUGCAGAGCCCCUGUUGUCUAGGGAGAGUGUGUUGCCACUGAAGUGCCCUGCGGAUGACGUGAACCUCUCGCCACUGGCAUCCGUGGAUGCUUUGCUCCAGCAGGGCAAGGAGGACUUCUCAAGCUUCCUACCUGCCGAAUUCAUUGCGCUUUCGCCGACCCAGGACUAUCAUUUUGGGCUCGAGGAGGGCGAGGGCAUCAGCGAGCUCUUUGACUGUGAUUUCGGAGACUUGACUUCCUUGGAUUUCUGAGCAUCCUCAGGUGGGGUGGGGAGCACCACUCAGCUGGCCCUGCCCCACCACGGGGCAUCCUCUCAGAGCUGACGUCUGAAUGUAAUCGCAAGGCCAGCUGCAGCCUCCUCGGCCAGUGUGCUGCAGAGAGGACUCCAGGGGAGGAAACAGAAGGCAGCAGUGGCCAGGGUGUGAUUCAGUUCUUGGCUUCCUGUCACCAGCCACCUCCCUGCGGCCGAAGAAGGUGGCUGUGAAGCUAAUGGCUGCUGUGAAUGUUGCAGGCCCCUUUCUGUGGCCUUCAGUGGGCCUGCUGCGUCCAGGCCCAUAGUAGUAGUGUCCAGGGCCGUCUUGAUUCUCUGGUGCCAUGUUUUGACUCUAUAGGGGCAGUCCUAGUAGUUAAUGCUGUUGCCCUAGCAACAGCUAACUUAACUCUUUGCUCAACCACUCAUUUCCCCAAGUCCUCUAAACUGAAUUUUGCUGUGGGCAAACCACCCCACCCCGUGCCAGCUGUUUAUCGCUCCUUACUGUGAGCAAUUUCUUCUCUUGCCUUGGAAACUGUGACAGUCAGAAGAGUUUCUGAGAACACGCGCUCCUCCCUCCCUUCUGUCGGCAAAGUCUCCGGGGUGUAGGGCAGUAAUGGCCAGGAUAUUCAUUGCGAGAGGGGCACCUCUCUCUGCCAGCCAGUUGUGGAAGAAAAAAAGGCAAGAACAGUACUUCUAAGUAAUAAUUGGUGAUAACCUGACACCCCAUUGUCUUACAGACCAUGUCAUUCUGGUUGGCUGGCAUUGAGACACCAACAAUUUGCAGUUGGAGGAUCAGAGGUGAUGGGGGGGGGGAGUUCUUUUUGCCGGCAAGGUGUAAACCUGAGAUUUGUAAUCCUGUAGUGAAAUAAUGGCCAUUUUGAGGAAAGGAAGCCAAGUGUGUAGAAUUGUGCAGGAUGGCGCUGAGGGAACCUUUCAGUAAUUCUUUUUUGGGCGGGGGGGGGAGCUGCUCAAAGCUAGUGAAACAAAAUAGAUAAUCAGAUGUGCCUGAAGAGUUGCUUCUCCCCCAUAGUUGUUUUAUAUAUAUAUAUACUGGUUGCAAAAGAGAAGUGAAUAUAAGGAAGCCAGGAAUGAUGGGCUGAGUUGUUUCUGGAUAUUAGCCUGGGGCAUGAGGUCCUACUCAUGAUAAAGCUUUAAGGAGGAUUCUAUAUAGAUUAUUUAUUUAUUUUGGGCUCCCCUCACCUCACCUUUUUUUUUGGAAGGCCUCUGAGUCUCCCCACCUUUGUGUGUAGAAGAAGUUCAUUUCUGGGGAUGGGUUCGGUGCGCCUUUUUUUUUAAAAAAAGAAGUAGGCUAGAUGGCCAUUGAAUUUAGCUGCCACUUCUCUUUUGAUGAGCAGAAGGCAGGAGGAGAUGGUGAUUAAGGUGAGGUCAGCCAAGAACGUUUUGCUUCAUCAGGAGGGAAGCAAAAUGUGGCUCGUUAGUCUCCAGAAAGGCAAGGAAUUCUGUUUUCUGGCUGUGGUGCAGUUAAUAAUGUAAAGCUGUAUAUGACAAAUGCCUUUUUUGUUUGUUUGGAGACGUGUUUGACCCUCCCCUGCGAAGCAAAAGGCGUGAAUACUGACUGCCUUCAGUCUGUGCACUGCCCGAACACCCGCCUCCCCCUGUGCUAAGCACUAUGGGGUUUUCUCCAGAAAUCAUGAAUUCAUACUAUUUAUUUAUUAUUUAUGUGGGCUCCAUCCAGUGUUUCUGGAAGGUGAAAGGGCAAGUAAAGAGGAGACUGCAUGAAGUGGACCUCUGCAUGUCCAGGCAUGCAGGGAAAGAGGACAUAUUGUAUCCUGGUAGAAUAGCUAGCCUAGCAAAAUGAGGAAUGGAGCAAGAGAGUUUGAGAAAUGAGUAGCCGGCGUGUUGUAGAUGAGCUGUUGGGGUCUGGUAGGACGAGGUUGCUCUUGUGUCCCAUCCGUGUGGUGGGAGGUGUGGCUGGUCAAUAUUGUUGUGCUGAAAUGCUAUUUAUUGGUAGAAAAAUGAACGGCAGGUUCAUCUUGCACAGGAAUACUCUGUGUUGAGGAGGAAGGGAAGGGAGAGAGACACAUACAGCGUUAGUUACAGGAGUCUGAGGAAGGACAAGCAUCAUCCUGGGCUUGUCCAUUUUGGUAAGUACCUUCAGUUGUUGGGAAGCAAGGAUAAAAAGGGUGUGAAUGUUGCCGGCUGGAUAGCAUACGACAAGGCAGCUCUCGGUGCUGUCCCCUAGGUGCCUUCCUUUUUCAUUAGCCUAGCAAAUUUCAAAUACUAGGACUCACCAAAGUGUUCCCCUGCUUUGAAAGGGUCCCUUGCUUCACAAAAAAGGCAGCUGGGUGGGUGGGUGUGUUUGUGUGCAAAGCUUUAUUACUCAGCAACGUGGUGCCUGUAGGCAGCCAUUGUGGUGUCAGUACAUUUGUGGAACAGCCCUAUCCAUUUGGGCUAGUUUUAUAAGAAAAAGAAACUGUGUAUGCCUGUUAGAAUGAGAGGGCUAUGGACCCUGUAAUGCAUCGUGGCACUGGGUCACACAUAGCCUAAAACCAUGCUGGAAGUUCUUCUUCUGUCCGAGGGGGAAAGUAAGAACAAUGCCUUUUUGAAUUAGGCUUUUCCUGGCUGUCAUAAACAGAAAGGUUCUUUAGCCCUCCUUAGGUGUUUGGAUGGGAGUAUUUAGGUCACAUUCAUGCCAUGUAUUUAAAGUACCAUGGUACUACUUUGCAUAGUCAUGGCUUCCCGCAAAGAAUUCUGGGAGCUGUUUAAAGUUACUGAGGAGUUAGGAGACCCUCCUUAUUCCCCUCCCACAACUACAAUUGACAGAGUCCCCUGCGAAGAGGGAUAGAGUGUUAAACCCCACUCUGAGAACUGUAGCUGUGUGAGGGGAAUAGGGGUCGCCUAGCAACUCUCAGCGCCCUUAACAAACUGCAGCUCCCAGAAUUCUUUGCGGGAAGCCAUGACGGUUUAAAGUGGCAUCAUACUGCAUUAAAUGUAUGGUGUGAAUUAAGCUUUGUAGCGGCUGUGAGUGUUGCCCUCUCCUCUUCCAGCCAUUGUGCAUUCAGAGUGAAGGUGUGCAGGGAUUCUAACAGUGGGAUGCAGUUCGAAUACCUUCCAUUGGUAUCCCUGAUUGCCCAAGGUUCCCAGUUGCCUGGAAGGUUGUAGCUGUGUCCUGCUGAACGUGGUUAGAAUCCCCCCUCAGGCCCUCUGUGCAAAAAUGCACAAAGAAUAGAUGAGGAAAGGGCAGAGACAACAUGCACACACCUCUGCAGAGUAUGAGCUCUUGGACAUUCAUCCACGUGCCUGAAGAUCCCUUUGCUGGAAUCAGACAGCCCAUGAUUUUAUAAAGGUGGAGACACAUACUGCCAGUCAGGCAAAUAUUAUGCCUGGAACAUGUGUUCUUCCCUCCUAUGGUCACAGACUGUAGGUCACAGUAAAGCUGAAACAACCAAUACUUCAGAGCAACCAUCCUGUGCCUAGGCUCUGUAGUCAUUGCAAAAGGAGAAGCAGCUACCUCUCCUAACCGUCUAAUCACCUGCAAGUAGUCCGUCUUGAAGCAAAUGUUAGGAGUUAUAUUUUCCACGGAAAAUGCACACGCACACAAACACAAACACAGACACACGGGUGCCAUGGUGUGUUAUUUUAAAUAGCUACCAUUUUCUAGUUCAGAUCAGAACUAGCAUUGUAGGACUUGGAUUGCUUUCGCUUGAGCUACUUUCCUGUGCUACAGCUGUCCACAACCUGUCGCCUUCUAGACGCUUUUGGACUACAACUCCCACCAUCCAUGGCUAUGAGGAUGGUGGGAGUUGUAGUCCAAAAUGUCCCCAAGGCAACAGGUUGGAGGAAGGCUGCUCUAUUAGGUUAGGUGCAGAAGACUCCGGUCUGAUUAUCUCUCUUCAUUAAGACGUGGAUACCUUCUAGGGAAUUCUGUUCUUCCUCAGCAAAGGCCAGUGCUUAGAGCAACAAGCUGUUGCCAUAAUGUGCCACUGCUUCCAAAUGGCUCGUUGAGAUGAGCUGUUCCUCUUGGUGUGCCUGUUCCAUGUGCUGCUUUGCUGUUCUUGGUGGGGACGGUCCUUUUCCAAGGGUUUGCCCUGUUCCUGACUCAGAGCAUGUUCCCUGAUUCCUACAAAGUGCCUGAUGUUUCCAUACCAUAGCACGUUUCAGAGGCCUUUUUAGAUUUUGAUACACUUAAUAAACUUUUCCCCAAACCGGUGAUUGCAAAAGCCAGGAACAAAUCAGUAUCAUAAAGCAUCCUUCUGUUUUAUUUAUUAACCUUACAUCCAUUCUUCCGCCCAACAUUUGCCCUGUUGACACUUCUUGGUUUUGCUGAUGGAACCCAUUUGUUGUCGCCUGGCGAAAAGUUACGAUGAGUAGCACAAAGGAACAGCACCUCACAGCCUGUGAGAUGUUGGUGUGUGCCGUGCAAGUUGAUCUUGCAUGGUGGAAGAGUCUGUGUGUGUGUGUGUGUGUGUGUGUGUGUGUGUGUGUGAUAUUUGCAUAAUGUUCAGCAGAGCCUCUUUGGUUGGAAUGGUGGCCUAUAGGCCUACAGAACUUUCAAGGAGUUGACAAGGGGGAAACCAGCCACUUCACUGUAAUGCUUAAUAUGUAUUUUGGGGGAUCCAGGUAAACUCACGAAUAAAAGAGCUAAUGAAUCAGGGGGCUGUUUUGAGAAAAGCCCUAUAUCUGAUAUUCCAGGUAUCUUGAAUUUAAGCAUGGAUGUCUAGCUACAGAAAGUUCUACUGGUAUCGACCCGCAAACCUGUUGUGAGAAGUGGCAGCAGAUUGGGGAGGGGGAGGAGGAUGGGAGCAGGCUCUCUCCCUCCCUGCUUUUUUUCUAACCCAGAUGAGAGCACUUAUAGAACACAUAUACCAAUAGCUUUGAAAAGCCUUUAUUUACUGGAUCAAAGAAGUAAAAGCCUAGGCUGUGUAUGAUUCUACUUCUCCUUCCAGUACGUCUCAGCUACUACUUCCAGUGAAAAGUAUGGGCAAGUUCAAGUAGAGAUUGGCUUUUGUCAUGUUGUUUUAUUAAAAUUGGAAGCACAGCAGAGGAGGGAGGGUGUCUUCUGCCUCGGCAAGAAGGUGUGUGUAGUUUGUCUUGGAGGUGGGUGCUUAAUGCAUGGGGCUACGGAAUCCCAAGCGAUGGCAUUCAGUUUGGGUGGCUAAAGGUUGCUGGGAUAUUGUGGUGGUUCUUAAGGAUUGCACCUUUUCCUGUAAGUGCCAAGCCAGGAACUCUGGGUCCUUCAACAGCCAAGCACCUAAGUGCAUUGCAAAAACUCCAGCAAAUCCCAGUGCCUGAACAUUGAGGGCAAUCCACCUCUGUGUGCCUUGUUCAUUAUCUGUGCUUUUAGUUUUAAUAAAUACUUCUACUUCAUUUUC